AUGCCUCUUACAACACACUUCACUCUCAACACUGGUGCAAAGAUCCCUGCAGUGGGAUUCGGCACCUGGCAAGCUGGACCUCACGAGGUUGAGCGUGCUGUUGAGACUGCCCUGCGCUCCGGCUACCGCCACAUCGACUGCGCCGCCAUCUACCGCAACGAGGCGGAAGUUGGUGAGGGCAUUCGCAAGAGUGGCGUGCCUCGCUCAGAGAUCUUUGUCACGGGAAAGCUCUGGAACACCAAGCACGCCCCCGAAGACGUUGAGUCCGGUGUUGACAAGACGCUCAAGGACUUGGGGACGGAUUACCUCGAUUUGUUCCUGAUGCACUGGCCAGUAGCAUUCAAGCCGUCGGAUAAGUGGUUCCCCAUUGACUCCAACGGCGUCUUCGAGCUGGCCGACAUUGACCCCGCGGAAACGUGGGCAGCCAUGGAGAAGCUGGUCCAAAGCGGCAAGGUCCGCGCCAUUGGCGUCUCCAACUUCACCAAGCAGCGCAUCGAGGACCUUCUGACAAAUACCAAGACGGUGCCAGCCGUCAACCAGAUCGAGGCGCACCCCUACCUCCAACAGCCGGACUUGCUCGAGUUCUGCAAGACGGUGGAUGACCCUCUUGUGGGUGAGCUGAGCAAGAAGCUCGGGAUCGACGGCGGUCAGUUGCUUGCUUCUUGGGGUGUGCAGCGCGGCACUGUUGUUCUGCCCAAGAGUGUUACCCCUAGCCGGAUAGAGUCCAACUUCAAGGUGCAGGAGUUGCCGGCGGAUGCAUUUGCGCAGUUGAAUGGACUGGAGAGAAACAAGAGAUUCAACUGGCAGACGAGAUGGGGUUUCGAUAUCUUCCAAGAGCUGGGAGAGGAGGAGGUUAAGAGGGUAGCUCAGGAGACGGGCCCUGAGAACUUGACAAAGUUCACCAUUUAG